AUGUAUAAGCUACCUACUUGUGAAGAAUUUAUAGAAUGGAAAUUAAGACGAUUAUUGAUUCAAAAUCAAGGAUUAAAAGCUCAAUUGGAAAUCUCAAGAAUACCAGUGAGUGAGGCUUCACAAACAUUAAUUCAUUAUUGUAUAAAUACAUAUGAUCCUCUUUUAUCUUCUAUUUGGGGUUCAGUUGAGGAUGAUUCAUUUAUCAAUAAAUAUAAAUGGAAAUGUUGUAUUCUUUAA